AUGGCGCAGGAAUUGAGAGUCCCAGAAAUAGACAAAACAGGGAAAUACUUGGGUAUCCCUUCAGAUUGGGGCGUAUCAAAGAAGCAAAUGUUUGCUUGGAUACUAGCUAGGGUAAACAUGAAACUUGAAGGGUGGAAAGAAAAGAUGAUGUCGAAGGCUGGAAAGGAGAUCUUAUUGAAAACGGUUGUCCAAGCUCUCCCGCAAUAUGCCAUGUCAAUCUUCAAGAUACCGCUUUCCGUGUGUAGAGCCAUAGAACAAAAAAUUGCCUCAUUCUGGUGGAAAAACAAGGAUUCUAAGGCUGGUAUACACUGGAAGUGUUGGGAGGUAAUGAAAAAGAGGAAGGACAGUGGAGGCUUGGAGGAUGGCACAAUUACCUUCGACGCUUUGGUGCCAAAUACUGAAAGGGCUCUACUUCCCCAACACUGA